UCAGGCGGGCGCUGUAAUUAAAGUUGUGAUUUUUCUGAUUGUUUGUGAGGGAGUGAGGAGAGGAUAAUCAUGGCUUGGGUAUCUCUGAUUUUCAUCCUUCAUGUCCUCACUCACUUGCAUCUUGCAUCUUCAUCUUCUUUGGCCUUCGAUGAUCUGUCUCAGAUCCCCAUAAAGUUUCUUAAUUUGGCUAAAGAGCGACACUUGGUUGAUUGGAUGGUGGGUAUUCGGAGGAAGAUACAUGAAUACCCAGAGCUGGGAUUUGAGGAAUUUGAGACCAGUAAAUUUGUUAGAGCACAACUUGACGAACUGGGAAUUUCUUACAAAUACCCAGUUGCUGUAACUGGUGUUAUUGCCUACGUUGGUACUGGUCAAUCACCAUUUGUCGCACUAAGAGCGGAUAUGGAUGCUCUCGCGAUGCAGGAAAUGGUGGAGUGGGAACACAAGAGUAAAAUUCCUGGGAAGAUGCAUGCUUGUGGACAUGAUGCUCAUGUUGCAAUGCUUCUUGGUGCUGCAAAGCUGCUCCAAGACAAUCGCCAACAACUUAAGGGCACAGUUAUUCUUGUUUUCCAACCAGCUGAGGAAGGAGGUGGAGGGGCAAAGAAAAUUGUUGAUGCUGGAAUAUUGGAGAACGUUGAGGCUAUCUUUGGGUUGCAUGUUCUUCCUAACAUACCUAUAGGCCAAGUGGCUGCUAGACAAGGUCCUCUUUUGGCUGGGAGUGGCUUCUUUGAAGCUGUAAUAAGUGGAAAAGGAGGUCAUGCAGCCCUUCCUCAGUACUCAAUAGACCCAAUUUUGGCAGCUUCAAACGUGAUUGUUAGCUUACAACAUCUUGUUUCGCGUGAAGCUGACCCACUAGACUCACAGGUGGUUACAGUAGCAAAAUUUCAAGGAGGUGGAGCUUUCAAUGUCAUUCCAGAUUCAGUUACAAUUGGUGGGACCUUCCGCGCCUUUUCGAGGGAAAACCUCUUGCAAAUUAGGCAACGCAUUGAGCAGGUGAUAACUGCACAAGCUGCUGUCCAGAGGUGUAUUGCAACUGUCAACUUCUUUGAAGACACGAAGCCUCUAUUUCCUCCAACCAUAAACGAUAAAAACUUGCAUUCGUACUUUGAAAAUGUUGCAGGAGAUAUGCUUGGCACCAACAACCUCCUGGACAUGAAACCAUUGAUGGGAUCUGAGGAUUUUUCAUUUUACCAAGAGGUUAUACCAGGAUACUUCUUCUUUAUUGGAAUGCAGAAUAAGAGUGAGCUGCCACUUGAAAACGGACACUCGCCUUAUUUCAAGAUUAAUGAAGAUGUACUUCCUAUUGGUGCUGCACUUCAUGCAUCAUUGGCCACUAGAUUUCUUCUCCAAUCACAACCAAAACUUGAUUUGCCUGAGAAAGACUACAAGGAUGAACUUUGAGAUGCCUUUAUCAAAUCAUCUCCUCAAUCCUUUGCCAUUUCUCUUUUCAGGUUGUACAUUAUUCUGAUCAGAACUUAUUUUCCCAAGUGGUUUCUCUAAACUUGGUCAAUAUCAGAAUUUAAAUGGUAGAAUUUUUCUUUCAAUUUCUUCUUUGACAAGAGAAUUAUGAGACUGUAUUACCAAUCAGUAAUAGAAAAACAAUGUUUCUAAUUUCCAACCUGAUGAAUGCUAGGCCACUUUCAACUGUUA